AUGCCUAUUUCCCUUCGACCUAUCACCAAAUAUGACGUCCCACGGCUUGUUGAUAUCCAGUUUGCGGCAAUGAGAUCUAGCGGUCACUUUCGCAGCAUAGGCGAUAUCCCCAACCAAGAUGGAACUACAGACGCAUUUUUGGUAUCUCCUGAGAGAGCAAACAAAAUUUCCCGCAUUCUAGAUGGUUGGGGUGCGGAUCCAACUCUCCACUUUUUGAAAGCCGUUGAAGUGGAUUCGGACGAAAUUCUUGCGUUUGCAAAAUGGCACGUAUAUCGUGGCGAGGAGGGCUUAAAGGAGUGGAGAGCGUCUGUGCGGACGGAUGCGAAGAUGAGGAUCCCGAGCGGAGCAAACAAAGAAGGGUUUCGAUUCUGCAAGACCAAAUUUUUUGAAAGAAGAAAAGCCUUCUUCGGAGAAGGCAAAGAGCACUGUUUGCUGGCAAUGCUUGCUACAGAUCCACUAUAUGAGCGCCAGGGUGCGGGCUCCCUUCUAACUCAGUGGGGCUGCGAUCUUGCCGACAAAUACGGAAUAGAUUGUUAUCUCGAAGCGUCGAAAAAAGGGUAUCCCAUGUAUAAGAGAAAAGGGUUUGAGGAAGCUAUUCUAGAGCGUGGCGAGAGUGGACUGCACUUUGACGUUCGUAACUUUACCGGGAGAGGAGGAGAAGAAGAAGAAGAAGAAGGCGAUUGGGUCGAUUUGACUUGUAUGAUCAGGAAGGCUCAGAGAAAGAAGGGUUUCUAA